UCGGUGCACUGGCCCUUUAAGACUUAGGAUUUGGGAGUGACGCGCAUAUGAAAGCUAGUUUAUCCCUCUUUACUUCGCUAUGAAAAAUAUUUAGGCAAACUAGAAUAACCACUUCCAGGGUUAAUAAAAUAACUGAUUAUGAUGCCGGUUUGCAAUAUUCGUUGAGUCAACCCAAACCGGACCGCGUCGUGGUCACGAUUUAUCACCCCGGGAAUUGUGUGACUUGCCAGGGCCGACCUCCUGCGGGCCGCUGGAGAACUUUGGAGAAGUUCUUUGUAUUCGGGAGAGGCGGACAGCUCGGACCGCUCGCCCCGACGAGCCGAACAUGGACUGGGGCACGGAGCUUUGGGACCAAUAUGACAUCAUUGAGAAGCACACACAGUCUGGCCUGGAGCUGGUGGAGAAGUAUGUGAAAUUUGUGAAGGAGAGGACAGAGAUUGAGCAGAACUACGCCAAACAGCUACGGAACCUUUCCAAGAAAUAUAACCUGAAACGAAGCGGCAAAGAUGAGCCAGAUAGCAGGUUUUCCAGCUACCAGUCUUUUUUGGACGUGGUCAACGAGAUGAACGACUACGCGGGGCAGCGAGAGCUAAUCGCUGAGAAUUUGAUGAUGAACAUUUGCAUCGAUCUCACCAAGUACCUGCAAGAGCUCAAGCAGGAGCGAAAGAUGUAUCUGAUAGAGGCCAAGAGGGCCCAGCAGAGUUUGGAGAGCACCUACAAGCAGCUGGACAGUAGUAAAAAGCGCUUUGAAAGGGAGUGGAGAGAAGCAGAGCGCACGGCGCAGUACGCCGAGAAGACUGAUCAGGACCUCAAUGCCACAAAGGCGGAUGUCGAAAAGGCCAAACAACAAGCUCAUAUGAGAUCACACGUAGCGGAGGAGUGCAAGAACGACUACGCCGCGCAGCUUCAGAAGUACAACAAGGAGCAGAGCCAGUUCUAUUUUAAUGAAAUGCCUCUCAUUUUCAAUAAAUUGCAGGAUCUGGAUGAGAGGCGAGUACGGAAGUUGGCGCAAGGCUACAUCUUGUUCUCUGACACGGAGCGGCAUGUGAUGCCUAUCAUAGGCAAGUGCCUGGAGGGCAUUACGAAAGCCGGCACUAAUGUUAACGACAAAAAUGACACCAUGGUUGUAAUAGAGCAGAACAAGUCGGGCUUUGAACGUCCUGGAGAUGUGGAGUUCGAGGACUACAGUCAGGGCAUCAACCGAACCUCUUCCGAAAGUAGCCUGGGCACACCUAAAGGCCCCAUGGAUAUUCUGGGAAGGAACAGAAGCAAAAACUUUUGGCUUUUCAGCAAAAAGAGUAAGCUCUCUCCGUCCACGCUCCCUCCUUUCUCGUCACCCCCGGCCCCUUCGCCCGCUAACGGACCCCCUUCCCCCAAGUUUGGCCGGGACCCCCUGUCGUACUGUUUGAAGGAGAUCAAUAAGACAGUCAAACCCAGAAUCUCUUCCUUCCGGACGCUCCGGAGAUCGAGGUUUACUCCAGAGAAGAGCACGCCUACGGUGACCGAGGACUUCGCCCAUCUACCUCCGGAGCAGCGCAGGAAGCGAUUACAACAAAAACUAGAGGAAAUUUGCAGAGAGCUGCAAAAGGAAGUAGACCAGAGUGAGGCCCUGGGUAAAAUGAAAGAUGUUUAUGAGAAAAAUCCUCAAAUGGGAGACCCUGCUAGUCUGGCAUCCCAAAUCAGCCAGACGUCGCAGAAUAUGGAGCGGCUCACAGGAGAGCGCGUCAAGUAUGAGACUUGGCUGGCUGAGGCCUUGGGUCGAGGGGAGACAUUGCACUAUAAAUCUCACACAUUCAACAACAACGGAGCUCACGAUGCACUCAGCCCUGAUGGAGCUCACUCCGAUGAAAGCAUUCCGGAUCCCUCGCAGGCCAUCUACGCAGAGUUUGAUGAUGACUUUGAGGACGAGGAGCUCGCUGCCCCGAUUGGGAAAUGCACAGCCAUGUACAGCUUCCCUGGCGCCAGUGAAGGAACCAUCUCAAUGCAGGAGGGGGAGGUGCUGGCCGUGGUAGAGGAGGACAAAGGGGACGGCUGGACGCGUGUCCGUAGGCACGAUGGGGACGAAGGCUACAUACCUACGUCCUAUGUCUCCAUCAACCUGAAAAAAUGACACACAUGUGAGGAACGAGAGAAUAGGAAAUGGUCACUUCAGCAGGCUGGAUGCAGUUCUUCACAUGGGACCAAUCGUAAAGAAGCUACAGCACUAUGGGCGGGACCACUGUUGUAUGCAGUGGGAGAUCCAAAUAAGGUGCUUUGAUUUCUUGGGAGAGGUGCCCCAAAUGGGCUUAGGAAUUACGUUGUUGUAAUCUCAGUUACCCAAGCCAACUCAACCGUAAGGUUAUUUUACUUUUGGAUACUUUUUAUAUCAUGUCAAAGUCAUUUUUGUAUUUUUUGGUUCAAGAAUAAGUGUCCGCCUCGCCCCCCAGCCUGUUGAGGCAUUAGCUUCCAAAUGUGAGAGGAACAAAAAGAGAAGGAGGAAGAGGAUGAGUGCUGCUGCCAUCUUCACACUGAGUGUUCACACCAGUAAAGCCCAGGAGGAAGUUACAUCCGAUGUUUACCUUAGGUUUAGUUCAAAACGGACCUGCAGUUUUCCUUUGCUCCCGCAUACCACUUCUUAGCUUCACUAGCGCUUGCGAAGAUGUCUAGCACCGUCACUUUUUUUCAUGGUUGACCUUCAGUGUCCCUCGGGGUCGAGUCAGGUUUUGGGUUGGAGAGGGCUCCACUUUUGGGUUUUAGCAAUUCGUGAGACGAGGCGCGUGGAAGGCUCUCCCGUCGUGGUAAAUCACAGCCGUAAAAACACACUGUUUUCAGACAAUCACAGCCAUAUGAAAUCCCACUUUCAAUCGAUUACAGUGACUGGCAUAUAGCUCUUUCUUUUUAUAGUUACAACUUGAAAAUUGUACUUUAAAAUAAUUUAUUAUAAACUUAUGCUCUAUGAAUACAAAUUUCAGAAGUUGUAUUUUGUAUUAAGAAUGUUCUCACAGUCUUUAGCCACAAAAGGGAGUAAAUAAUGCACACAUAAAAUGUGCUACAUUAAGACUUGUAUUUAUGUAGUAAUUAAUAUAUAUAUAUAUUUUAGACAUCACAACACCACAUUUGUCUUAUUAUCUUUUUUUAACCAUUCAAACAGUGUUGCAUUUUGAGAGAAAUAUUUCUCUAAAUAUGUUGCUAGAUACAUUUUCUUCUUUUGGGAUUCGUUCAAACCGUCUCAAGAUCGAGCCACGUUCUGUUCUGAAGUGAUAACUGCUUGUGUCUUUGGUGCCUUUCUGGGUAAAAGCAUAUUGUAUAUAACAUUUUCAUAACACAUUUUUU